CGCUUUAAUUUGCUUCCAAGGAGUCAAGAAGAAGAAGCGCUAGAAGACCCGAAAACCGAAAUCAAAACAAAGUUUCUCUCUCAUUGAAAGUUUACUUUUUAUCAUAAAAAUGGAAGAUUACUCCUACAUUUGUGGAGAAUGCUUUGUGUUUUGCAACAACAUUGACAGUUUUAUUCAUCACGUUUGCCCUGGUAAUGUUGAGGGAGCCAAUACCCAAGAUAGAAGGAAUAUUAUCCAGAGAAAAGAUAAAAUUGAAUCAGGCUCUUCAUACCAUGAAGUUUCUGAGGUGGUUAAUACAAACUCGCCAGCUGUUCAGUGUGUGAAUGACCAGAUUGCUGGUCACACUACAACAAAUGUCAAAUCUACAGAUGGUUAUUUGUCGACUGGUCCAGAGUUCAGUGAUUUAGAUGGAACUGAAGAGGAAGAUGUUCCUGAAGGUGGUGUUGGGAAGAAAAGGAAAAAAUACCAAGCAAUGGCUGAUGAAUAUCGUGUUAAUCGAAUCAUGAGGGAUAAGGACUUCAAGCUUGGCAGAACUCACCUCUAUAACUUCAAAGAUACUUUAGGUGACUGGGAUGAACGUUCAACGAAGUUGCUGAUUCAUUUGAUUCAGAAGUAUCCAAAGAGUCACUUCUUGUUGCCUACAAGAGCUGAGAGAAGACUGAUUCAUUGGGAAAAUAUUCACCAAGAAAUGGAAACCGCUGGAUACACUUUUACAGUUUUGCAGCUACGCAUGAGGUGGAGGGAAGUUCUUCAGAAGUACAGAUGGACUGUAGACUACAAUGAUGCUCAUGAAAUCAAGAAGAAGUGCGAGUAUUUUGAUGAUAUGAAUGAACUGUUUGGGGACUGGGACAAAGAGUCAACAGAGUGUUUUCUAAAGCAGAUGCAUCAGUUGAGUCUGGAGAACCAGAAAAAAAAGAUCCUCAGAAUAGGAUAUGUUGGAUGGGAAAGGAUCACAGUUGCUCUGAAUGAUGAGGGACAUAGAUUUUCAAUUGAUAUGGUAGAAGCUAGAUGGAGAAACAUGGUCACUCUGUACAAGACAAUGGUGGAUCAUAAUGCUUUGCCAAAUGUUGAACCUCAGUCUGUUGCAUAUAAAGAUGACCUGGAGAAAAUUCUUAACUAUGUCCCCAAGCGAAGACAAAUAUAUGAAAAGGUGAAAGGACGAUCUGUGAAAAUGGAGCGUUUCCCCACCAGUGGAAUAAAGGUUCUAUUGCAAGCAUACAAAGAUCACAUGGACCAGUUUAUGGACACCAGAGUGAAGAAUACUGAAGUCUGGGAUGAAAUCAAGCAGAAGUUGCAUGAGGAAGGCUACGAAUACUCUACUAGUAAACUGAAGGAAAUCUUGAAUGGAAUCAUCAAAGGUUUUGAAAAAACCCAGCUACAUAACAGUUUGCCAGGAGCCAUUCGUCGGGAUGUCUCAUACUAUCGUGAACUCUCGGAAAUAUACGGGACCCAUGGACGAUGGCCUCAUGUUCAAACUUCAAGGACAGUUGACAUGAGGAUGAGAAGGAAGUUUCGCUUGAGGCUUCAAGCAAGUCAACAGUUAUGGUCUUCAGAAGAAUCAAGAGCAUUACUUGAAAUUUAUCCAGAUGUUCUUGAAGCUCACGUGAAUCAGAAUGUCAGCCAUCAUGCUAGUGAUCUUUGGUUGCAGGUGGCAAAAGCUUACACAGCUUCUGGUUUUCCAAAACGUGAUGUGCCAGAGAUUGCAGUACACAUUGGUCUCCUCCGCAUGGGGUAUUCACAGGGUAAUGCGUUUCCGUUCCUUGAAGAGAUGCGGAAAGUCAAAGAAACUGAAGAAGCAGUGUGCUAUAGUCCUGAUGUUUCAAAGUUUACCGGAGAUAUACAAAAGAACAGAUUCAUGAUCACUUCAAGACACUUAUCACCCAGUAUCGAACAAGAACGUCAAAGCUCUGGGCUGAAACAGAUUCGAACAGGAAGUCUUCCAAUCCAACUGGUGCUCCUUACCUUGAAAUUCUUGAAAAGGUGGUGCAGUUAAGGAGAAAGCUAUCUUUGAGUUGGACAUCAGGUGUGAUGCCAUUGAGCACUGAGGCCACAAGUGUUGUGUUUGAAGUAGCUUGCAAGGUAGGAGAGGAAAUGUUCCAAGAUAAUGUAUGCACAGAUGAAAAGAAAAUGAUACCAGAGCUUAUAAAUCAAAUCCAGUCUCAUAUCAGGACGAAGAAGCUCCUUAAAGUUAUUCCUAGAACGAGGCAGAUUCGUCUUCACUUAGUCUUGGCCCUAAGGAGAUUCCUUGAAGGCAAUGAAGAAAACUCACAUGUAGCAGAAUUACAUAAGUUGCUCAAGGCUGGUCAAAUGGAGAACUUCUUCAUGAAUCUUAAAAGACAAGAUGUGCCAGUGUCAAGUGCAAGAUCACUUAAGAAGGGGAGGAGACUUAAGUCAUCAAGAAAACCAGCAGGAAAAAGGCAAAGGCAGCUAGAAUGUGAGAAUUUUUUAUCAGACAGCAACUCUUCUGAUGCCUUAGACUCGAGUUUAGCAGAGCACAGUAAAUCAGCACAUAAGAGAAGUAAACACAAUGUGGAUGAAGCUGAUAAGGAAAGCAGUGCUUCAUGUGCAGAACACAGCAGUGAGAAGUUGUUGGGUGCUGUUGAAACUGGUAAGGGCUCUGCUGCAAGUCAGUCAGUUAAGUCGACAAAUAGUGAGUUGAUAGAGGUUCCUGUUAGAAUGAGAACUGAUAAUUUUGGAAAAGGUAAACUUAGUUUUGGAGAUAAAUCAAAGAAUCUUAUUAAUGCUAAAGUUACAACUACCGGGGUAAUUAGCAGAAAGAAGGAUAUCAAUUGUGAUGUAUCGACCUGCUCUAAACCUGUGGUUAGUUUUCCAGAAUCUGAGAUGUGUAUUGUUGUAGAUCAUGACUGUAAAUUAGAACAGGAAACCCCAGGUAUUUUUGAAGAAGGAGAACACCCUGAAUUCUCAAGACCAUCUACAUCGGGUUGUGGUGUAGAUGUCUUGAACACCAAGUGUCCAAAUGAAGAUUUUAGUGGUGAAAUGGUUGAAGGAAAAAUCGGCACAGGAGUACGAACUAAAGUCAUUCGCACACGCUCUGGGAGAAAGACAAAAUUUACCUUCUUUUCUAAUUCUCUGAGUGAUAAUGUAGAUGACGAUUGUGAAGUGAAUUCCCCUGAAACUUCAUUCAAGCAGAAAAUUGCUGAAGAAGAAAUUGAGCUCAAAGAUAAAAGUACACAGUGUGGCAUAAAUGUAUCUGUUAAGAGGAAGAGAGGAAGACCAAGGAAAUCAACGGAAUCUUUAAGUCAGGGUGUAGCAGUAAACAUUGAAAAUAAAAAAUUAGCAUUAAAACCAAGACAGCAUGUUGCUUCUCUUUCCAACAGUAAUACUGUUAGUCAGAUGUAUGAAAAGAAGAUUGCAAAUGUUGAAGAUUAUGAUUGUCAAUUAAGUGUGAUUCUUGAAAGACAGAGGUUGGAGAGAAAAGAGAGAGAAAAUGCAUUGCUUAGCAUUCUGGAAAAGCGUCACAGAAAUGAAGACACAGUAUUGCAACAGAUGAUGAAUAUUUUUCAGAAUAUGAAGAGAAUUGUAGAGAAAAAAAGGGCUAAAAGCUGACACUAAAUUCGUAUGCAAUAAAACAGUAGGAAUUUUAUAGAAAAAAGUGGGAAUUGGCUUCAGAAAGUGAAAGCACGAUUACUUCAUUGAAACAAAUAAUUUGUAGAUCUGCAAAGGAGUUGAGUGGAAAGAAACUAAGAGUCAAUCGAAGAAUGAAUUAGGGUUCAAAGCUAAGUAACAGACCGUAACGAUCUCUACGGAAAGUGCACCUUUCAUGACUGUGUAAGUAAUAUUAUUUGGAAGUAAGGAGUAUGUGCCUGAUUUUAAGUCCUAAAUGUGAAUGUUUUGAUAAAUUAGAUAAUGUUAAUUAAUGGUCAAAAUUAGAUAGAUGUUAAUCAAUGGUCAAGUUGUUAAAAUAAUGUUCAGGUUUAUAUCACAUGCCAACUCACAUGUGGGUGUCAUUAUCCAUUGCAAUGCACACCAGACUUCUGAGACCUGUUAAAGGUUAUAUGCAUUGAUUUUUAAAUGGGACUAAUAGCUCUGUGCCUGUGUCCUGCAGGAGCUUUUGUGGCAACUACAGUAUACUGACCAGACCCAGUUUUUUUUAAUUUAACUGAUUGAGAAACCAGCAGUGCUAAUGAACAGGUUCAUUAUUAGCAUUCAACAGUGAUCACCCAUCCGAGUUUGGACCAAAUCCAACAUUGCUUUACCUUACUGUUCGGGAGACUGGCAUUGUAACAAAAAUUAAAAUUUAUACAUAAAUUAUCAUCAAAAUUAUUUAACAUUGGUGCUAUGCAAGGUAUCCCUUAAUUGGGUUUAUCAUGAAAUGAGUUUUCUCCCCUUUCCUGUCUUGUGCACCUUCUGCUUAAAUUCUUAAUGAUUUUAAGUCAUCAUUCUUCAUCUGUGACCUUUUUCCACCCUUAGGGACAUCUUCUGGUCUCAUUCAUGCUCUCUCCAUCUACUAUUCUAAGAGGUCCUCCUCAUUUCUUAGUGCGUAUUUGAAUAAUUCCAAUCUUAAAGAUCUUGUUUUCCAUUCACUCGGCACCACAUCUCCAGAACUUCCUCAUUUGUAGCAGGAUUAUCUUACACCAUUGUGGCCAUAAAUCUUACCAUUCAUUGAAUUGUUACUGUUCAAAUUCAACUGUAUUUCCUUUGUCACUUGCUAUGAUUGAUUAAUGGGAUAUUUUUUUUUACCUACCAGAAGUUCAGCAAUGUUUACUCUUCAUUCAAACUUUUGCUGAUCUUUCUCUUAAUGGCCGUUCAGUAACUUUUCAAAAGUCAAUUAUGUCACCAAGAAAACUGAAACAUUCUGCUUAUACCCGAGUAUUUUAAGUUUUAUAAAAAAUGCAUUUACUCAUGAAAAUAAGAAAGUACAGUAAUUAGUGAGUAUUUCUCUAUGAAAAAUAUCGCAAAUAGGUGAAUUUUCCGUUAAUGUGUAUAUAUGUUCCAUUGAAAAAUCUGUGAAUAGGCGAGUCCACAAAUCUGGAACUGCAAAUAGCGGGGGUUGACUGUGCUUUUAUAGAUAUGUACUACCAUAAAAGAUUCCCACUUGGAACUUUGGUUUCGUUUAAGUGUCACCCUAACUCGGUGGACUUACAUUGCUUAAUUUGGAUGAUAUAUAGGGCUUAGUUUUUCCAUACCUCUGAGUCUUGAGUAUACUCUUCUCAGGCUGGAUUAAUCCCGAGAAAAAAAAAAUUUAGGACUUCAUUUAAGAAACCAAUUUUAUUUUUAAAAACGAUGAAGUUGUUAAUUGAAAAUCUUUGCUUUCAGUAAGAAUAUUUUUCAUUUUUGAAUUCCUUAGAUAAAUUGAUCUUUGUUGAGUCCAGUUUGGGCAUUCAACAAGUAAAUGUUGCACUGUCGUGGGUGCUUGACAUCUAUUACACUUCAUUGGGUCAGCAUGUGGUUUCGACAUAAAAGUGACCAUGCGAGAAUCUUGUGUCCUAUACGGAUCCUUGUUAUGAUUACCAAAAAAUACCUCUUUUUGAUAUUUCUUUUUGUGAAGAUGUCCUCCAUGCAUACACUUCAGUUUUUAUACUUUUAAGCUUAUUUGUGGUUGGCACCAAAGACCAUUCUCUUUUCCAAUCUUGGUAUAUCAAUGGUUUGACAGAUGUUAUCCAUUCUGACACUGGGGCAUAUGUAACUGUUGGAGGGAUAGUGCAGGCUAAUUUGGCAGCAGAGUCUGCAUUUCCAUUUCCUUUUAUUCCCACGUGUGCUGGAAUCCAACAUAUUUCCAUUGAUAAUCCUGAUUAGAGGAGUUGAUGAAUUUUUGUUUGUAUUUCUUGUACUAUUUGGUUUACUGGUUUACAGUGGACCCCCGUCUUCGCAUUCUACGGAUUCGUGGACUCGCACAUGCACAUUUUUCUCUCUGGAACGUUUCCCCGCAGUAUUUGGGGAAAAUUAGCAUAUUCGCGGUAUUUUUCUAUGAGAAAUAUCCACAAAUUCCUGGGUUUUUUUUUAUCAAUUUCAUCAUAAAAUGCACUUUUGUGAUAAAGCUAUUAAAAAAACCUGGUAUACAAAUUUGUAGCAGGUUUUUCUUGAGAUUUAACUACCCAAAUAGGAGGUUUUAAGCAUUUUUAUAAGGGUUCCAACUAUUUGCGGGUUCUAACUAUUCAGGGGGGGCGGGUCUGGUACGCAUCCCCACGAAUACGGGGGACCACUGUAUAAUGACUUAUAGCAUCUAUAACACUACACGAGUCACUGAAAAUAAUAGACGGACUUGGUAUUUUCUCAGAUAUUAUAUCGAGCCAUUUGUAUGGCUGUGAGUUCGGCAGUAAAUACUAAUGAUAUUAAAGGUAGGCUUCUUUUGAUUAGGGUAAUAUAUUUUUCGAAUGAGGUAUGGAUGCAGAUACAGAAGACUCUUGCCGUAAGCACAUGUAUUAACAACCUGGAUUAGCUGUUAUGGGUACUUUUUGUUAAUAACCUAACUUUUUUUAUCACUCAGCUGUCUGGGGAAUUGUACUGACAGUCAGAUGCUAAACCCAGAACUUAAUGUUACAGCUUUGGAGAUUGACAUUUGUGUUGUGAGGAUUAUUUUGAUAAAGCACCAUUAGUCUCAUUAUUCCUUGUAACCACAUGUACAGUUGGAGCCAUUACUUAAGAAAUAGAUUUGAAACUACUCAUUAGCUUACCUAUAUGUACAAUUUUAGCUUCUUUUGUGAUUGGAUUUAGUUAAUUGUGCAGUCUCUGUAAAAGCACAGGAGCUACCAUAUUUUCAUCAUGUUUUUUCAUGUGUUUAUUGAUUUAAUACUAUAAAUAUUUGAAAUCUGCCUUAUUCUUAAUAUUAUAUAAUUAUAAAAGUAGCUGUAAGUUUAUAACAAAUGUACUCCCUUCAGCAUUCGUGGGACAAUCUAGAAGUGUACUCCUUCCCUCCAUUCUGCCUGGUCCGUCAUGUCAUGAACUGAUUGAUGGGGUCCAGGAAUCUCAGGAUGACCCUGGUAGCAAUUUUGUGGCCCCAAGCAGAGUGGUUCCUGGACCUUCUGUCUUCUCUUGGCAGUUCUGCGAGAAGUUCCCACUUGACACAACCUUCUCUGCCAACCUCAUGUGAGAAGGCACCAUCCAUCAGUAGGGUCCAGUAGGGUCCCUAUCUCCUCAUAGCUGGAGGCUGUCCAGCAUCUCUUGUGAGCAAGAGGCUUUCCUUGCAGAUCAGUGACUCAAAUGUCUGGCUACCUCAGGAGAUCUUUGUCAGCUGUGUACCAGGGCAAGUGGGCUGUCUACUGUGAUUGGUGUCAUCGAUGGGGUUUCUCUCCACCUGGAACUUCUGUUCAUCAGAUAAUGGAUUGUCUGACCUUUUACAGAACUGAGAAGCAUCUUUCCAUGUCUGUUAUCAAAGGCUACAGGGCUGCCUUGAGAUUAGUUCUUUGUCUAUAAGUCUUGGACAUCACUUUAUCAUGGGAGAUCUUUAUGUUGUUCAAGAGCUUUGAACAGUCUUGUUCACCUAGAGAACUCAAACCUCCUACAUGGGAUCUUACUAUGCUUCUGAGUAGUCUCACUCGGGCUCCAUACAAACCACUACGUCAAUCGUCAGACCGGGCAACGACUUUAAAAGUUUUCCUCCUGGACUUGACUUUCUUGAAGAGAGUUGGAGAGCUUCAUGGCCUAUGUUAAGAUGUUAAACACACCAGGGGUUGGGGGUCUUGUAGCCUUCAAGUUUGCCCGGAAUUCAUGGCUAAGACAAAAUCCCUCGGUUCAUGAUGACAAAUUUGCCUCAUUUUGACACCUUUUCUAAAGGAAUUUGUUGAUAGCGAUCCUCGAGUUGUUGCUUUGUCCCAUCAGAGCACUGUGUUGCUAUCUAAAAUGGACUUGUCACCUAAGACCUAGGUGUUACAGACUUUUUGUAAGCACAGGCCAAACCAAGAGAGAAGUGUCCAAGAAUACCACUUCUUUUUGGCUUCGUGAGGUGAUUAGACAAGCCUACUCCUCACCUUCAAGUUCCUCUCAGGCCUAUAAGAAGAACUUGUCUGUUCAUAGGAUUUUAAAUGCUGGUUCAAGGCUUUGGCAGACCACUUUCACUUUCUUUUACCUCAAGGAUAUUGCCCACAGGUCCUUGAACACUU